AUGUCAAUGAUAACUGCUCAAACUCCUAAAACUUAUUUCGGUUCUGACAUUCAAAAAUCAUUAGGUUCUCUUCCUGGAUUUCCAUGGGCAAAAUAUCCUGGAGAAAAACAUCUUCCCGGUCAUAAUUAUACUGGUCCAGGUACUAGGCUAGAUCUACGAUUAGAUCAAAACGAUGAACCAAAACCAGAUACUAAAAAGCCUAACACAGCAGCAUGGAUAAAUAAAGCAAAAUUUUAUUUUGUGGAACAAAUUGGAGACACGCUUCAAGGUGAUUUAGAUAUGAAUAAUUUUACCAUAACUAAUUUAAAGUUACCAGAAAAUGAUUAUGAUGCUGUUCACAAGAAAUAUUUAAUGGAUCAAUUAAAUUUAAUUGGAGUAAAUAAAGAACAUUUAAAAGAAAGAAUAGGCGAUGUGAAAAGAUACUUCAAACGACAAAUAAAUAACUAG